AUGACUAACGCUCCUAGUACAAUAAAUAUUGAAGAACUUUUCGACGUUAGCUCAGAUAAUGAUAAUGAUAGUUCGGAAUUACAAAAUGGUGAAAAAAAGAAUAAGAAAGCCAAAUUAAACGAAAUUAAUGUUCCGACUACUCCGGAGAUUGUAACUCAGGCAUUAACUGCUCGUAAAUAUCAAAUUGAGCUGUACGAAAAAGCUAAGAAUGAUAAUGUAAUAGCAGUUUUGGAUACUGGAAGCGGAAAAACUUUCAUUGCUGUAAUGUUGAUAAAAGAAAUUGCAACAAAUGAACGGGAGCUUAGGAUGACUAGACGAGAGACCAAACUCACAUUCUUUCUGGUUAAUCUCGUACCUCUGGUUUUUCAACAAGCCAACGUGAUCAAAGCAAAUUGUGAUUUAAAAGUUAAGCACUUUUGUGGAGAAAUGGGUGUCGAUCUAUGGAGUGAAAAACAAUGGCGAAUAUACUUUGAAAAUUUUGAUGUACUAGUUAUGACAGCACAAAUUUUUUUAAAUAUUUUACGUCACGGAUUCAUUUCCUUGUCACAGGUUAAUCUAUUAGUUUUUGAUGAGUGCCAUCAUGCUUCGAAAAAACAUCCAUAUAACUUAAUUAUGAGAGAGUUUUAUGAUCGAUGUCCUGAAGAACAAAGACCAAAAAUUUUCGGUAUGACAGCAUCUCCUGUAAAUACCCGUAGUACCCUUCAUUCUGCCAGUCAUCUUGAGCAUAAUCUAAAUGCUAAAGUAUUCACAGCUAGUGAUACAGAUGAACUUCGUAGAUUUAUCAACCGUCCCGAGGAGAUAGCAAUAAGAUAUGACCCUCCACCAGAAUACGAAGAAACUACACUUUACAAUUUACUUUGGAAAGAAUGUCUUGGCGCAGAGAAAUUUCAAAGAGCGUUUGGAAGUGCUGUUCAAGCUCUUCAAGUUCUUGGCCCUUGGUGUUCGGAUCAGGUCUGGAAAUAUAUAUUGGAUGAAUUAAAUGAAAAUAAUGGAAAGAUAUUAACUCCAGAGUUGAUUAAGAAUGAGGAAUUACAAGAAGAACAACGUCUUAUGCAAAAGGUGUUAGAAAUUGUCCGCGAUUGGUCUUUUCCCACCCCUAUUUGCGAUCCUAACAUUUUAUCUCCAAAGGUCAUAAAAUUGAUAAAAGUCUUGGAUUGUUUUCAAAAACAGUCUGAUGAAUUUUGUGGAAUAGUAUUUGUUGAACGUCGUCACACUGCUAAUGUUUUGCAUUAUUUAAUGAAAGAAAUUGGUACUUUGGAUUUUAUAAAAUCUGAUGUGUUGGUUGGGCAUGGUUCUAGUGAAGAAGGAGAUUUACAAAUGAAAUUCAAGAAACAGAACAAAACUAUAAACUCAUUUCGCGAUGGAAAAAUCAAUUUAUUGAUUGCCACUAAUGUAGCUGAAGAAGGUUUAGAUAUCCAACCUUGCAAUGUCGUUAUUAGGUUUGACUUCUUUAAUACAUUGAGAGCUUAUAUUCAAUCUCGAGGCAGGGCUCGCCGUAAAGAUUCAAAGUAUAUUGUAAUGGUAGAAAGUGGAAAUAUUAAAGAACAUGGUUUACUCAGGGAAAUGAAAAAAGCUGAGAAAGAUAUGAAGGAUUGGUGUCAGAAGCUUCCUGAGGAUCGACAUUAUUAUCUCAUUCCGUCAACUGGGGCAUUAUUGAGUUAUGAAUCAGCUGUUUCGCUAAUCGGUUACUAUUGUUCAAGGCUUCCUGCAGACAGUUAUUGUAUGUUGCAACCGGACUUUAAUUUUACAAAAGAAUACGCCGGAUAUACUUGUCAUCUUAAAUUACCAAAUAAUGCACCAAUUCGUGAAGUUAUCAGUGAAGUUUGUGGUAGUAGAAGUAAAGCAAAAAAGGCUGCAGCGUUUAAGGCUUGUCUACAAUUAUACGAGAAAAAGGCAUUAGAUGAUCAUCUAUUACCAGAAGAAGUAUGGAUCGAAGAGGAUCAUGAAAUGUCAAAACCGUCCAAGGAUGAACAUGGUUUGGUUGAAGGAGCAAAAAAAUCUAAGAGAGAGUAUAAAUUGAAAUCUCCAGACUUAUGGGAUAUUGAAGAAGAGCAGCCCAAGGUUCCAGAAGUUCUUUAUGGCACUAUUCUAAAGUUAGAUAUGGAAGAUGAAAAGUAUGACGGAUACUCAUAUCGCACUCUAUGUUUAUUAACACGUAAACAAUUUCCGGAAACUCCACCAAUUACGUUAUAUUUCCACGGUAUUAAUAAAGUUCUUAAUGUGUUUCCUUAUUCAACUCCAAUUAAAAUCAGUCUUGAAAGAACGGAAAUGGCUUUUAAAUUUACUUUGCGCACAUUUACUUCCAUAGUCAACAAAGAGUUUAUUUGCGAACUCGAAAAUUUCCCAUACCUUGUUGUACCUCUUGUUGGAAAUACGCCAAUAAACGAGCAAACACUUGAUUUCAUUGAUUGGGAAAGUAUGGAAAGAGCUGUUAACGAAAAACAUGAACCUAUUGAUCUUAAUAAAGUAUCUGAAAUGGAAGAUGCUGUAAUAAUCGAUUAUUCCGACAACUUACGGCGUUAUUUUGUUCAAUCUAUACGAUAUGACCUUUCUCCACUGUCCCCUAUUCCGGAAGGAAUGGUCUUACGUGAAGUUGGUUGUAAAAAUUUUGCAGAAUAUUAUAAAAAGUCAUUUGACUUAGAUAUGAAACAUCCGGAACAACCUUUAUUUCAAGUUCGUAAAAUUUCAAAGGUUAUGAACUUUUUACAGCCCGUACCUGGAGCAAUACCAACAUUAAAAGGUAGAACAGCCACCUUUGUGAUCCCAGAAUUUUUGGCAUUAACGACUCCAUCUGCUAACAUGGAAAUGAAUUACGAACGUCUCGAGACGUUAGGUGAUUCAUUCUUGAAAUUUUGUGUUACGAUAAGGUUGUAUGUCAUGUUUCCUGAUAAACAUGAAGGCCAGCUUCAUUGCCAACGUAUUAGAAUUAUUUGUAACAAACAGCUUUAUCGAAGUGCAAAGAAACUGCAUAUCUACGAGUACAUAACGUCACUCCCAUUCAAUCGCAGAGCUUGGAGACCAACCAACAUUAUUACCACAGUUGAUGAACCUGAGAUGUUGGAGCAGUUAAAGAGACAUGGUUUAGCUGACAAAACCCUUGCCGAUGUUAUAGAAGCAAUGUUAGGUGCUGCUUAUUUGAGUGGUAAUGUGGAUGCUGCUCUAAAAUGUGCUGCGGCUGUGGAAGUUCCAUUCGAUGAUAUUACAGAAUGGGAUCAUUUUCAUCAAAAGAAUAAAAAUCCUCCACGUGUUAAUCAAAAAGCUAUUAAGUGUGUGGACAUUGAAAAAGUUGAAGAGAUUUGUGAACAUACAUUCAAAAAUAAAAUUUUAAUUGUAGAAGCACUCACGCAUGCUAGUUUACCAAACUCUUCAACUUCAUGUUAUCAACGUCUUGAAUUUUUAGGUGAUGCUAUAUUGGAUUUCAUGACGGUCAAAUAUUUAUUUGAAAAAUAUCCUAAUGGGACACCAGGAAUGAUCACAGACCUAAAAGACGCAUCUGUUAAUAAUCAGUUUCUUGGAGCGGUUUGUGAAGUAAUUGGACUUCAAAAACAUAUUAUUCAUUUCUCACCAAAGUUGAUGGCAGGCAUGACUGAAUUUGUAAACAUUGUAGAUGGAAUACGACAAAAGGGUGAAGCUGUUGGAGAAUAUUGGAGCGACUUGGACGUUCCAAAGGUUAUGAGUGAUGUUGUUGAAAGUAUGUUGGGAGCUGUUUUCGUGGAUGCAGAGUUUGAUCCAGCUGCGCCACAGAGAUUAUUUGAUAUUUGGAUAAAACCCAUUUUAGAUGUACACGUUACUCCUGAAACUUUGAAAGUUCAUCCUGUGAAGAAAUUAACAGAAUAUAUGCAAAAAAUUGGAUGUACCAGCUUGUUGUUGAGAAAUCAUACUUCCGAAGAAAAAGAAACAGAAUCUCAACGUUGUACUAUUUUUAUCCAUGAUUCGCCAGUGUCACAUGGGAAGUCAAAUAACAUUCGUGCAGCAAGAAAGAUAGCAGCUCAAGCGGUUUAUGAUAAAAUCGAAAAUGAACCAGGAUACCUUGAAAGUGUAUGCUCAUGUUCAGCUCUUCCUAGAGAUGAUAAAUUACUUAAUGAAGAUGACGAUGAUGAAGAAUUAUUGGAAUAA